AAAAGAUUGGGCUGAGAGAUAGUAACUAGGGUAAGCACGCGCGGCACUGCAAUUCCCCUGUUUCUACUUCACACUCUUCCCCUUCUCUUUGCUCUCCACACUCCCCCGCUUCUAGGUUAUACGGCGCGCCCUAUCUCUUCUCUGGGUGCACUUUCUUCAGUGACAGCGGCGCACCAUCAAAGAACUCUUAGGUCUCUGAAUUCCGAAUAUGACUUCGUUCCUGAAGCCUGAGAAUGCCCUCAAAAGGGCUGAAGAAUUGAUCAAUGUUGGGCAGAAGCAGGAUGCUCUGCAGACACUGCACGACCUUAUUACCUCGAAAAGGUACAGGGCAUGGCAGAAGACCCUCGAAAGGAUUAUGUUCAAGUAUGUGGAACUCUGUGUAGACAUGCGCAAGGGACGGUUUGCAAAGGACGGGCUCAUUCAGUACCGUAUCAUAUGCCAGCAAGUGAAUGUUAGCUCCCUGGAGGAGGUUAUCAAGCACUUCAUGCACCUAUCCACUGAAAAAGCUGAACAAGCCCGUAGCCAGGCACAGGCAUUGGAAGAAGCUCUUGAUGUCGAUGAUUUAGAGGCUGAUAAAAGGCCAGAGGACUUGAUGCUGAGCUAUGUCAGUGGGGAGAAAGGAAAGGACAGAUCUGAUCGGGAGCUUGUUACCCCUUGGUUUAAAUUUCUUUGGGAAACAUAUAGGACUGUGCUUGAAAUAUUGCGCAACAACUCAAAGCUGGAAACUUUAUAUGCUAUGACUGCUCAUCGGGCUUUUCAGUUUUGUAAGCAAUAUAAGCGAACCACAGAGUUCCGCAGACUAUGUGAAAUCAUAAGAAACCAUUUGGCCAAUCUUAAUAAGUAUCGUGAUCAACGAGACAGACCAGAUCUUUCAGCUCCUGAGAGCUUGCAACUGUAUCUGGAUACAAGAUUUGAGCAGCUGAAAAUUGCAACAGAACUCGAACUUUGGCAGGAAGCUUUUAGAUCUGUUGAAGAUAUACAUGGACUGAUGUGCUUGGUCAAGAAGACGCCGAAGCCGUCUUUGAUGGUUGUUUACUAUGCUAAGUUGACAGAAAUAUUUUGGAUAGGCUCAAGUCAUCUAUAUCAUGCAUAUGCAUGGUUCAGGCUAUUUUUAUUGCAAAAGAGUUUCAAUAAGAAUCUGAGUCAGAAGGAUUUGCAAUUAAUAGCUUCAUCAGUUGUUCUAGCUGCACUUUCAGUGCCUCCUCAUGAUCGCACUCAUGGAGCAUCUCAUUUGGAACUGGAGCAUGAAAAAGAAAGAAAUUUGAGGAUGUCUAAUCUUAUUGGGUUUAAUAUGGAAACUAAACCUGAAAGCAGAGAAAUGCUCUCAAGAUCAUCACUUCUUGCUGAACUGGCAUCCAAGGGCGUGAUGUCUUGUGUAACUCAGGAAGUGAAGGAUAUUUACAACAUUUUUGAACAUGAAUUCCUUCCUUCAGAUCUUGCAGUUAAGGUGCAGCCCUUGUUGGCUAAAAUAUCAAAGUUAGGGGGUAAGCUUUCCACUGCUUCAUCUGUCCCAGAGGUGCAGCUGUCUCAAUAUGUCCCUGCACUAGAAAAGUUAGCUACCUUGAGGUUGCUCCAGCAGGUGUCUAAUGUGUACCAGAGUAUGAAGAUUGAGACCUUAUCUGGCAUGAUCCCAUUUUUUGAUUUUUCUGUUGUGGAGAAGAUUUCUGUUGAUGCUGUUAAACAGAAGUUUCUUUCAAUGAAAGUUGACCACAUGAGAAAUGUUGUAAUUUUCUGCAAAAUGAGUCUUGAGUCUGAUGGCUUACGGGACCACUUGGCAAAUUUUGCUGAACAUUUGAAUGCUUCCAACUUUGACCGAGGUUGUUGCCAAGGAACAUAAACGGCUUCUAGCUCGAAAAUCUAUUAUUGAGAAGAGGAAAGAAGAACAAGAGCGGCAGCUUCUGGAAAUGGAGCGUGAGGAAGAAUCAAAGAGGUUAAGAGUGCAGAAAAUGAAUGAAGAGGCUGAAAAAUUGAGAGUUGCAACUGAAUUUGAGCAGAGGAAAAAUGAGAGGCUCCGCCAAGAGAUAGAGGAAAGAGAAAAGGAAGAAACUAAAGCUUUGUAUGAGGAAGCUGAGAAAAAAUUUAAAAACUAUAAGGGGAAAAAGCCACUUAUUGAGGGGGAUAAAAUUACCAAGCAAACCUUGAUGGAAUUGACUUUGAAUGAACAACUCCGAGAAAGACAGGAAAUGGAGAAAAAACUCCAAAAACUGGCAAAAACCAUGGAUUAUUUGGAAAGGGCAAAAAGGGAAGAGGCUGCUCCCUUGAUUCAUGCUGCAUAUGUAAAGCGCCAAGAGGAAGAGAAGAUUCUUCAUGAGCAUGAGCAGCAGCAAGAGAUUGAAUUGAGUAGACAACGUCAUGAAGGAGAUCUCAAGGAGAAGGAGAGGCUUGCCAGAAUGAUUGGCAAUAAAGAGAUAUAUCAAGAGAAAGUUGUUAGUCGACGCCAGGCUGAAUUUGAUAGAUUGAGGAAGGAAACGGAGGAGCGGAUCUCUAGGAUAUUACAGUCCAGGAAACAGGACAGGGAAAGGUUGAGGAAGUGGAAGUAUUAUCUGAAUGUGGAAGAAGAGAGGCAGCAAAAGUUGCGCGAGGAGGAAGAAGCAAGGAAGCGCGAAGAGGCUGAGAGGCGAAGGAAGGAGGAGGCUGAACGUUUAGCAAAAUUGGAAGAGAUAGCAGAGAAACAGAGGCAAAGAGAGCGGGAACUGGAAGAAAAGGAAAGACAAAGAAGAGAGGCAUUGUUGGGAAGAGGUGCCGAGCCAGCUUCAAGGCCUACUGAGAGUCUUGCACGCCCACUCGAGUCUGGAUCUGCUGCUCCUGCUGCAGCUGCCGCUGCUGCUGCACCAGCCCCAGGGAAGUAUGUCCCUAGGUUCCGCCGUGAGAAACCUGAUGGUGCAGCUGCUCCUCCUGAAACAGACCGCUGGAGUAACAGUAGCAGCCGGCCAGAUGGUGACAGGUGGGGUCGUGGUGAAGAUCGCAGAUCAGCAUUUGGUUCUGGUGUGGGUUCUAGGUCAUCUUCAACCUGGUCAUCCUCGAGGAACCCUCGUUAAUCACCCUGUUCCCAUCUGUUUAAAGCUGAUGUCAUUCUGGCCCUCAAUUGGAGGGUACAAUGCAUAGCGUUGCCUGAUGUGCGGUUCUCAUGACCUUGUCGAGCUCUUUUUGUACUCUCCCCAAUUUGAGUUCUAGAAUUUUUUUUGAUACUUGGUUCGUAAAAUUUGUUUUAUCUCCUAAUGCAUUCGGGUCCUAGAUUAUGCAACAAUUUUCUAUUUAUGAUCGAGCAGAUUGGAUAUGGUAUUCGGAAUUUCAAGUCAGAAGUAAUGCAGACUUAAUUUUCGAUGUGUUGGUACUA